AUCAUCUUCCACAUGUUCUAGAAGCCGGUAGUAAUAGGAAACUUAGCCCUAGUUCAAGCCGUUGAUUUUAACUGGUGUUAGUUGCAUCGUUUUAUAUGCGCUAUAAUCAAGUGCUCUUAUUUCCAUCCGUACUACAACUGAAAUCUGAAACCGACCGUCUUUUUGUCUUAGUUUUACAAGCGUACCGCUCGGAAACGUUCAUUCAAAGCGCUACAUAUGUCGACGAAGGCAUCCGUUCUUUUGAUAUAAAUUAGAAUCGUUUAUGUCUCACUGCAAACGUUGAUUUUGUCAUAAUGGUGGCGGGUGAGUUGCUUCAAGAGCAACAUGUUCUGCCCAACAGUACACCUGACGGCAGUGUCACUGCCUGCGAGACGCCAGAGGAGGACAGCUGCUAUAGGGAUCUUUCCGAUGGAUCGGCUCUUGUAACUGUGGAUCCAAAGGUGCUGGAACAGGAGCUUCCUCCACCGGACGAAAAAGAGCCGAUGCUUCCCAGCGAGCAGAAUGAGAACCCCCUAGAAACUAAACUGUACUGGAGGAGGUUUGCGGUGCUGGCGGUGUUCAGCCUCUAUUCGCUCGUCAACGCAUUUCAGUGGAUCCAGUACAGCAUCAUCGUCAACAUUUUCACGGACUAUUACAAUGUAACAAACAUCAUGAUCGACUGGCUCUCCCUGGUCUAUAUGGUCGUGUACGUGCCUUUAAUCUUCCCUGCGACGUGGCUGUUGGAUAAGAAGGGACUGAGGAUGACAGCGUUACUAGGGGCCGGCUUGAACGGCGUAGGUGCGUGGGUGAAAUGCGCCAGUGUGAGGCCCGACCUGUUCUGGGUCACCAUGACCGCACAGAUCAUAUGUUCUGUGGCACAGGUGUUUAUCCUAGGUCUCCCCUCCAGAAUCGCGUCGGUUUGGUUCGGGCCGAGAGAAGUUUCCACGGCGUGUGCCACAGCUGUUUUGGGCAACCAGCUUGGUGUAGCAAUAGGUUUUCUGCUCCCACCUGUACUGGUACCGAACACACCAAAUGACAAAGAGCUCAUGGGCCACAACAUCAGCAUAAUGUUCUAUGGGACAGCUGUAGUUUCAACUCUUUUGUUUCUUUUAACAGUGUUUGUCAUCCAGGACAGACCUCCUCUGCCAUCCAGCAAGGCGCAAGCUGUUCUCACUGUAAAUCCGUCUGAAGAGUAUUCAUACAAGAAAUCAAUCAUUAACCUCUUCAAAAACAAGCCCUUCAUUCUGCUCCUUAUAAGUUAUGGCAUCAUGACAGGGUCGUUCUACUCUGUAUCUACCCUUCUCAAUCAAAUUAUAAUUUAUCACUAUCUGGGUGAAGAGAUAAAUGCAGGCAGAAUUGGCUUGACUUUGGUGGUUGCUGGAAUGGUGGGCUCCAUACUGUGUGGAUUCUGGUUGGAUCGUACUAAAACUUAUAAAUUGACAACAUUGAUUGUCUACAUCCUGUCGUUCAUUGGAAUGGUGGUGUUCACAUUCACGCUGGACUUGGGACAUCUCUCUGUGGUCUUCUUUACCUCUGGGGUCCUGGGGUUUUUUAUGACUGGUUACCUUCCCAUUGGCUUUGAAUUUGGUGUCGAAAUUACAUACCCCGAGUCGGAGGGGACUUCAUCUGGUCUUCUAAAUGCAUUUGCACAGGUCUUUGGUAUCAUUUUUACUCUCAUCCAAGGACGGCUCACCACAGACUACUGCCCACUCAUUGGAAACAUUUUCUUGUGUGCUUGGAUCCUACUUGGCAUUGUUCUGACAGCUUUGAUUAAAUCAGACCUCAAAAGACAUGACAUCAAUGUGGGAAACAUUAACAAAGGACUAGAGGCUCCCACUGAGCAGCUUUCAGAAAAAGCAUCCAGUGGCAUCAAGUCGGAGUCCUCCAGCCUGCCUCAUGAGACCUCAAUUUAACACUUAAAUGUCUACAAUUGCACAUCAAACAUCACUUCAACAGAUCACAGACUUUCCUGAGAUUACUUGAAAUCUCCUUUUUUGCUGUAAUGUAACAGUGUUGUAUAAUACAAUUUUGAGUGAAAAUGGCCAGUGAUGCCACGUUCACAUGCCAUUACCGGGCUAACCCACUCAGAAAUGAAAAUUCUGUCAUCAUUAACUCAUUGUGAGAACAUGUAUGACUUUGUCUCUUGUUGAACACAAAAGAUAUUAGGCGGCCUCAGUCACCAUUUACUUUUAAUUGAUAGCGGUUUUAAUUGAUUUAAUUGCGUCAAUUAUCACUUGAAUUCUUCCUCCUAAUCUAGGCUAUAUAAUAGCACAGUGUGGAUAAACAAUCUAGUAAUUACAGUCCACGCAUGACAGUUUUUAUUUAUUUAAGAACUAUGGACCAAAAAUUGUGGUAUGGAAUAGGGCUGAAAAUGCCCAUAUGCACAAUCCUUUUAGUAUGACAGAAACAGCACAUUGCAUAUGCAUAUCUGAUUGCUAUGUCUCAAAUGAUGUUUCCAACUCAGUGUGAUACUAUGAGGAUAAAUUGUUCAUUUUUAACAUCUGCUGUAUUGGAGGACAUCUACAUGUAAUUAUUCUACAUGUCUGUUUUGAGUGAAAGCUUUUGUGUAUUCAGGAUGAUGAAGAAUUCCCAUGCUUUAAAACAAUAUUCUUAAAAAAAAAAAAUGGAAGUGCAUAAGUAAGCAUAGUGAGUGCUUUAAAAAAAUCACCAACUAAGAUGAGACACUGAUGUCAAACGCUUAUGCUACUAAUCAGCUUAACAAGUUUCAUCAUUGCAUUUAAAAAAAUAAGAAGCACACAUUGUACUUGCUUAACUAUUUUCAAUAUAGCACAAGUCAACCUGUAAGCAUAUGUACAACAUUAAGAAGAAUGUAUUUCCUCCAAAAAGGAAUGUGACGUAUUUGUAAGAGCAAUAUUGUGUGAUCAUUAGUGAGGUUCAAUGAAAAAAUGCCACAGAAAUGUGGUAGAAAGAAGCACUAUUAUUUUAAUAUAAUGCAAUCAUUUUAUAACCCUAGUUUUGCUUUCAGUACUGUAAAAAAAAUUGUAUUAUUAUUAUUUAGAUGCAUAUUUAUUGGCUUUUUCAGGAUCGUUUUUGUAUUUAUUAAUUUUUGGCAUAUACUUCUACUCUUUCUACAUAGUAACUUAUCAGAUAAUGAAGGCAGCUAUGAAAAACAUGGUUCACAAUAUUGUCACAAAUGUCACUGGGAAAUGAAUUGUCAAGUAAAAGCCUGCACUCAUUGUUUAAUCGUGCUUUGCUAUUAUUACACUCUGAACACUAGAAGUGCAUGAGUGUCUCAUGAUGUCAUGCAACUAAAAUAAUAUGCAAUGUAGUUUAUGGAAAUAGCAUUUUUUUCUUUCUUUCUGUACAGCUCUUUAUUGCUUUGUAACACAUUCCAUUAAACAGUUGAAACAACUCUGAAUUUUUUAAUAAUAAAACAGUCUGG